UCCACCUCUCGGCCAUCUUUCCGCCCUCUUCCCUCUCUCUCUCUCCCUCCUCUGACACACUCUCUCGUGUGAUUGUCCACUCCUCGCCCCCCGUCCGUCCACCUUGCUAAUGCUGCUGCCGCCGCAAAAAAAAAAAAGGGAGACCCAGAAAACUUCUUCCCCCCUUCGGACUUCUAUCCUUCUCGGAUCAUGAAACGAGCGAGAAUCGACGGCCCGGACAAGACCCCGUCUUCGGCCUCGGCCUCGGGGGCCGCCUCCGGGCAGAACGUCAAUGUCAACGUCCACUUGCCCAAGAUUUCCAGGAAGAUCCGAGCGUGCCAGGAAUGCCAGAACCGCAAGAUCAAGUGCGGCAUUGAGCCCGGCCAGAACCAGUGUGCCCGCUGUUCCCGCCUCGGUCUGCAGUGUGUCGUAAACAAGAGCCUCCAAACCCUGCUCGACAGCGAGAAUGAGUGGAAGACCAAGAUGGAAAUGCAGCUGCAGACGCUCCAAGCGUCCAUGAUGGAGGUCAGACGCACCCUGAACCUGCCACAGCUGAUUCCUCCCCCGCAAUCUUAUCAGUACGAAGCCGCCGCCGCCGCCGCCGCCGCCACCACCACCACUGGCGCCGGCAGUGCCGGUGCCGGUGCCGGCAUGUCACAGAGUCCCGUCAACCCGGCCGGGUCACAAUGCAGCCCCGGCACCACCACCGGCCCCUCGCCCGUCCGGCCGCCGGACGUCACGGCCAUGACGAGGGAGAACUCACCCGAGCAGACGACCCAGGACAACGGCGAAGACCAGGCCAUCGUGAGCGCGCCGAUGGCGAGCCUCUUCGAGGUGACGAAGCUGCGCAACAUCCGGAGCGACCCGGGGGCCCGGGUGCACCUCCACCUCCCGUCGAGCCGGGCCCAGGAGCCCGACUUCAUCGCCCAGGGCAAGUUCAGCGUGCAGGAGGCCGAGCACCUCUUUUCGACCUUCCGCGGGACCCUGAACGCGUAUCUGUGGGGGGGCAUCGCGCUGGUCCACGACAACCUGACGGCGACGCGCAUGUCGUCGCCGCUGCUCACGGCCGCCAUCCUCGCCGUCACGGCGCUCCACGAGCAGGACGAGGGCCGCGCCUUCGACAUCUGCUACCCGACCUUCCUCGAGCUGGCCAGCCAGACCAUGUUCGACCGCUACCACAGCCUCGACGACGUGCGCGGCCUGUGCAUCGGCGCCUUCUGGCUGUCCGACAUCAGCUGGAAGGUGUCGGGGCUCGCGGUGCGCAUCGCCACCGAGCUGAACCUGCACCAGUUCUGCGCAAAGGCCCUCAACAAGGGGCCGCAGCACGUCGAGAAGGCGAGGCUGUGGUAUCUGCUCUACGUGUGCGACCACCACUUUAGCAUCGCCUACGGCCGGCCGCCCGUCAUCAACGAGGACGCCACCAUUACCCACCACGAGGCCUUCCUGACGCUGCCGGGCAUCACGCAGGCCGACCACCGCCUGCACAGCCAGGUCGGCGUCUUCAUCAUCCUGAGCAGGGUGUUCCACACUUUCGGCCCGGACACUUCGCGGCAGGUGGCCCGGGACGAGUUCGAGGCCCUCAAGAGGUACGACGCCGACCUGGGCCGGUGGAAGCUCCAAUGGGAGACCCGGUUAGUGCCCGACAAGCACAUAUCCAAAUACCCCGCCAAGGGCGUCAUCCUGCACUACCACUUCGCCCGCCUCCUGCUCUUCUCCAUCUGCCUGCGCGGCCUGAACCCGUCGAACCCAUCGGACCAGUACGCCAUGUCGGACGAGCGGCGCGAGUUCAUCAACCUGGCCAUCGGCAGCGCGUCCGCGGCGCUCGAGCUGAUCCUGACGGACGCCGACAUGCGGCGGGCCGUCAUCGGGGUGCCGCUGUACCUGCUGACGACGAUCGCGUACGCGGCCAUGUUCCUGAUGAAGGUGCACGCGCAGUGGAAGGCGGCGCGGCUCGACGUGCGCUACGACGACGUCGUGGACCUCAUCGAGCGCGUCGUGCUGCUGCUCGAGGAGACGAACCGGUGCGCGCGGCACGUGGCGCACUACAUCGGCCGCGGGCUCAGCAACAUGCUCGACAAGUUCAAGGAGCGCGGCCCGCAGAUGCAGCAGCAGAUGAUGCAACAACAACAACAGCAGCAGCAGCAGCAGAGGCAGUACGGCGGCGGCGGCGGCGACGGUCAACCGGGCCAGGGGAUGCCUCCGGUCUGGAACGAAGGGGAGAUGAGCCAGGACUGGAACCAGUGGAUGUUCAGCGGGGAGAUGAUGAACAACUUCGGCAUGGGCCCGGAGCAGUACCCGCUCAACAUGCUGGACCUGUUGAACUCGCAGAUGCCGGGCUGAUGUGUCGUCGUCAGCAGUGCGCAUGUGUGUGUGUAUGUACUGUAUCUAUCUGUGUGUGUAUGUAUGCAUGUAUCUAUGUGUAAUGAGAUCACGAUCGGGUUAGUUGUUUCG